AUGUAUCCAAAUCUAAAUCAAGUAACUGUAGAGCUAUUAAGGAAACGAAGAGAUUCAAGGUAUCGUGCAGAUAAAAAGUUUCACAGAUAUAUACAGAAAAUAACAACGAGUUCAGUUUUUAAUGGCUUCAUCAUGGUGGUGAUAGUCAUGAAUUCUUUUGUCAUUGGCUUUGAGACAGUGGAGGAAUGGAAGGUCCCACAUAAGAAUGUCUUCAAAGCUUUGGAUGAGCUGUUUCUUGCCAUUUACACCAUGGAGUUCCUGAUGAAGCUGUAUGCUGAACCAAGGGGUUACUGGAAAAGCAGUUAUAACAGAUUUGACUUUUCUAUCCUGGCAUUGUCAUAUGUUCAAGUCAUCAUGGAUGAGCUGAAUGUGGGUGAUAAGAUUCUCACACCUUUGAGGCUCUUAAGAGCUGCUCGAACAUUACGGACCAUCUCCUUCAUUGAAGGCCUCCAAGUUCUUGUCACAGCACUGAUUGACACUAUUAGGAACUCUGUACUCAAUGUGGUGAUCCUUCUUGCCAUGCUGAUGGCUUUCUUUGCUGUAGUUGGUUAUUAUAUUUUUGGUUAUGAAGAGGAGACUGGUGAUAAAGAGAACUGGGGAACUCUCAGCACUGCUAUGUUGACACUUUUCACAUUUGUUACUGUGGACGGUUGGACAGAAAUCCAGAAAGACUUGGACAAAAGACCCUACAGCCAGUGGUUUACUGUGAUCUUUAUUUUCUUGGGCCACUUCAUUUUCACCAAUUUGUUUAUUGGAAUAAUCAUCAUGAACAUACACGAGGCCACAGAGAAGUUCAUUACGCAGCAGAGACAAGAACGUGAAGCAAUUCUACAGAUGAAGAAAGAUUUCCUCUUCCAAAGACAACGUGAUGAUGUCAAAGAAAUGUUAGAAAAACAGAAAAACAGCCAGUAUGCUAACUUUGAAGAGAUGACCCAGAGCUUCCAACAGACACUACGCCAUGAUGAUUAUGUAAUCAUGUCUGAUCCUUGUGCCAAUUUAACAUGGAUAGAGGCAUUCCUUACUACAACAGACCAUCUGGAUCUUUACACUUACAGAUGCCAGCAAAUCCAAUUUCAAAUUGCCAAUGUUUUGGCAGAUAUGGCAGAGAUGAAGUUAAAGGAGAAAGAGCAGCAAGAGGAUGCAGUCCAAGCUUCAGCACUGCCAAGAGGAAUGCAGUUGUUCAUGAGAGCAAAGGCUGCAAUGGCAAAGAAGAGUGCUUGA